UGCCUGGCGUGUGAGCAAGCAAUCAUAGAGGACCGGAAGGAGAAAGAGAACGCGAGGAAGAAGGUCGAGCAAGACGCCCUGGAGAUGAAGAGUAUCUUGAAGCUGCAGGCCUGGUGGAGAGGGAUGAUGGUGCGCCGAUUCAUCGGCCCUUACAAAAACCUGAAGAAGAUGCUGGAGGAAGAGCCGGUCGCCAAAGACAAAGGGAAGAAGGGGAAACUGGGGCCAAAGAAGAAGAAGUGACGGAAGAGCUUAUACUGCCCUCCUCACUUCAAAUCUGUGCCCCUCGGAAAAGGAAGCGGCUUUGUGUUUAUUUCUUCAGCGGAUUCAAAAUAAUGAGAAAUGUUCGCUCUCUGA